AUGGCGAGCAAACGCAAGGCGUCGGAAGAGUUGGACGUCCUGGAGGCCGCGGCGUCGCUGUCGGCGGAGGGGGGUGCAGUCGUCAAGAUCACGCCGCUGGGCGCAGGACAGGAGGUCGGGCGCUCCUGCAUCAUCGUUGAAUACAUGGGCAAGCGGGUGAUGCUCGACUGCGGGAUCCACCCAGGGUACUCUGGCCUGGGGUCGCUGCCAUUCUUGGAUGAGGUGGAGCUGGAUCAGAUCGACGUGGCCCUGAUCACACACUUCCACCUCGACCACUGCGCCGCGGUGCCCUACCUGAUAGGGAAGACCAACUUCAAGGGCCGACUCAUCAUGACGCACCCCACCAAGGCCAUCUUUUACACACUGCUCCAGGACUUUGUGCGGGUGUCUGCUGGCAGCGCUGACGAGGCGCUGUACUCUGAGGCUGAUCUGGACGCGGCCAUGGCCAGGGCCGAGGUGCUGGAUUUUGACCAGACAAUUGACAUCGAUGGCAUACAGGUCACCGCCCACCGCGCCGGCCACGUGCUGGGCGCCGCCAUGUUCACCGUCGACAUCGGCGGCGUGCGCACCCUCUACACGGGGGACUACUCGCGCGUGGCAGACCGCCACCUGCCUGGCGCCGACACGCCGCACCUGCGGCCCGACAUUCUGAUCGUGGAGUCGACCUAUGGUGUGUCGCGCCACUUGGCGCGCGAGGUCAGGGAGAAGCGAUUCCUGGACAAGGUGGUGGCCACCCUGCUCAGGGGCGGCCGCGUGCUGCUGCCCAUCGUCGCGUUGGGGCGCGCACAGGAGCUCCUGCUGAUGCUUGACGAGCACUGGAGCCGCAACAAGGCUCUGCAGCAAUUUCCCAUCUACCAAGCUUCCGGCAUCGCCCGCAAGGCCCUGACCGUGUUCCAGACCUACAUCGAAAUGAUGAACGAGGACGUCAAAGCAGCCUUCCAGCAUGUGGUCAAGGGUGCCGGCCAGUUUGAGACCGACGGCCCCUUUGUGGUGAUGGCCACCCCCUCCAUGCUGCAGAGCGGGCUCAGCCGCGACCUGUUUGAGCAGUGGUGCGAGAACGAGAGGAACGCCGUCAUCAUCUGCGACUUUGCGGUGCAGGGCACCCUGGCGCGUGACAUCCUCAGCAACCCAACCACAGUGCUCACCAAGGCCGGGGUCAGGGUGCCCCUGCGGAUGUCGGUCGACGCCAUCUCCUUCAGCGCCCACGCGGACUACGACCAGACCUCUGGCUUCGUCGCCGCCCUGCAGCCGCCGCACGUCGUCCUCGUCCACGGAGAGGCCGGGGAGAUGAUGCGCCUGCGCUCCGCGCUGGAGCGCGCCUCCGCGGCGAGCGGCGUGCCGCGGCAGCUGCACACGCCGAAGGUCGUGCAGUCCGUGUCGAUCCCGGCGGCGCCGCGGCGGGCGGCGCACGUGGUGGGGCGGCUGGCGGAGGGCGCGCCCAAGGCGGGGGACGCGGUGAGGGGCGUGCUGGUCAGCAGGGGGCGGCGGGACCUGGUGAUGCACCCUGAGGACCUGCCGGCGUUCACAAAGCUCAACACGGGCCGCGUCAUGCACAAGCAGGCCAUUCCAUUUGCCAAGCCAUUCAGUGCGCUGCGCCUGGCCCUGGAGGUCAUGUUUGAGGGCGUGGAGGGCGCAGGCCACCUGCCCGUCAAGACGGCACCCAGCCGCGGCGGCAGCAGCGGCGGCGGGUCGCCGAGCAAAGAGGAGCAGCAGCAAGCAGAUGCGGGGCCUCCGGGCCAGCAGCAGCAGCAACAGCAGCAGCAGCAAAAGCAGGAGCAGCAGCAGCGGGACGGCGACGACUUUGACGAGGCCGUCGUGGUGGGUGAUGCGGUGGUCGUCGGCUACCGCCGCGCCAACCCUGGGCUGGGCUUUGAUAGCCACGCCGUGGUCAAGUGGCAGGGCGGCGCCGUGGGGGACAUGGUCGCGGACGCGGUGAUCGCGGUCAUCCUGCAGGCCGCCGGCGAGCCGCCCGCCGCCGCCGCGGCCGAGGGCGCGCGCGCGGCGGCGCUCGCGGCCGGCGACACGCAGGGCGCGCUCGCGGCGGAGAUGGCGCUGUGCGCGGCGCUGCUGCGGGCGCAGUUCGGGGCGGAGGUGGAGGUCGACGCGUCGAGCCUUGAGAUGCGGUUCGAGAUUGACGGGACGCGGUUGGUGGUUGACCACGGGAACGCCAAGGUUUCAUGCGACGACGAGGGGCUGCGGGGGCGCGUGGAGAGGGCGCUGGCGCGCGUCACGCAGGCAAUGCGGCCGUGUGUGCUGGACGUGGAGUUGUAA